UGAACGAAAUAAUUCGUUUCGUUCGAUGAGGGUGAUUCCGACGGUCAUGGAUAUGAGCAAGUCCGGUCACCGUCUGGUGACGGUGAACUUCGAGAUCUUCGGGAAGGUGCAGGGCGUGUACUUUCGCAAGUGCACGGCGAAGCAGGCGAGAACGUUGGGUCUGAAGGGUUAUUGCAUGAACACGGAUCGCGGAACGGUGCAGGGAACGAUACAGGGCGCCGACAAUCGCGUCGCCGAGAUGAAGAACUGGCUGAAGGAGGUCGGAUCUCCGGCGUCGCGCAUCGACAAGGCCGUCUUCAGCAGCGAGCAGGAGAUCAGCAAACUGCAGUCGGGCAGCUUCACGAUCAGGCAGUAG